AUGUCCAAAGUCAUUCUUGUUACAGGAAGCAACUCCAGCAUAGGAUACGAACUAGUUCGCCUUUUAGCCGAGCAAGGACACAUAGUUUAUCUCGGUGCCAGAAAUGAGAUUUCUGGCAAAGAGGCAGAAGCUACUCUUCACCAGAAGGGAUUGAAAAAUGUCAAAUUCAUUCAGAUUGAUGUUACGGUCCUAGAUUCUAUCGAGCGCGCAAAAUGCACCAUCGACGAGAACCAUGGAAAACUGGACGUCCUUGUCAACAAUGCUGCAAUUUCCAGGGCAGAUGCUAGCGCCCAGAGUGCGUCAAUCGUCUCAGUUGACAUUGUUCGUGAGGUUUACAACACAAAUGUGUUUGGAUUGAUUCAAACGACGACUACAUUCAUGCCUCUGCUGAGGAAAUCUCUAUUACCCAUCAUUUUGAACGUCUCUAGUGGUCUAGGAUCCAGCACACUGCAGUCUAGGCCAGGUGCUCGAGCCAACUUUGUCGCGUACCAAUCAAGCAAAGCAGCAGUAAAUUCAUAUACGGUCUCAUUAGCCCAGGAGCUGAGAGAAGCAGGUUUCAAGGUCAACGCAGUUACACCAGGCUUGGUUUCUUCCAAAUUGAAUAAUUUUAUUGCUGGUGGGAAGAGUUUAGAGGAGGGUGCGAAGGCACUUUUACCGUAUGCGCUAUUAGAUGCAGAUGGGCCUACUGGCAAAUUCUUCAACUGGGAGGGACAGGAAGUUCCUUGGUAG